AUGACCACCUCGGCCUGGCGCCUUUCCUAUCGUUACCGUCCCCUCGUCUCGAUACUGUGCCAUUUCUUCACAAUUUGUAUCACCUUCAAACGAUCCACCAUGACUGGAACACAAAUUACCAAGACUCUACUGGAGAAGGCUUAUGUAGCCAAAGAGAUCUUUGAGCUUCGCCCUGACUAUCGCGCCCUUCUUAUGGUUCUUGAGGGCAUUUCUCCCGGUCCCAGCGAUGAGGCCAGUGAAGCCCUUCUUCAGGGAGCCGAAGUCUGCGUCAAAGAUCUACUCUCCAAACACCCCGUUACCGAGAUCCCACAUAUCUCUGCGUGGCGCGAAGCCUACAAAGCCUUUGGCGCAAAGCCACAGAAAACACAAAACAGCUUGGAGGCAUUGACACGUCGGGCAAAGACCGGUCUACCACGAGUCAAUCGAUUGACCGAUAUCUACAACGCCAUUUCAAUCAAGCAUCAAAUUCCAUUUGGUGGUGAAGAUCUUGACAAGUACAACGGGUCCCCGUUCUUGGUCCGCGCCACUGGCCAGGAACAAUUCCAAACUUUUUCCAGCGGUGAACCCAUCACGGAACUUACGGCGCCGGGUGAGCCUAUUUGGUGUGAUGACACUGGCGUUACUUGUCGCCGCUGGAACUGGCGACAGGGCCCUCGGACUGCGUUGAGCGAUGAUACCACUCGUGUGCUUUUCAUCUUGGAUGCAUUAGAGCCGCUUUCAGAUGAGGCCCUCCUCUGUGCUGCCGAUGAGCUUGCCUCGGAAUUGAAACGCACUUCCCCGGAACUGCAGGUGGCACAGAGGCUGAUCAGUGCUUCGGGUUGA